UCGGAACAUGGAAUUGUAUCGAAAAGUUUCACAUGAAUUUUAAUAAUUUUUCCAAUCAAAAUAAAUAUUGAUCGUAUUAUAAUCAUAUUUUGCAUCAAAUUAAGCAAGCAUCUCUAAAAAUAACCUAUCAACCAAACUUAAAGCUCAACAAAUUCAAAAAUGUUUAAUAUAAACGAAGUAAUGAAAAGCGAAUAUAGGCCAGCAACUAAUUCAAAGUCAAAAAGUUCAUAUAAACUAAAACUCUUGUUUUUAGCAUAUAAAAUAGUUUUACUAAUUUUGUAUGAUUCAAUCAUUGCUCUUUUUAAAAAAUUCAAUCCAAAGAAGCCUAAAAAUAUUUCAAAGAAAUUAGCUCUCGUUACUGGAGGUGGAAAUGGACUAGGACGAUGUAUUUGCUUUCGUUUAGCUCACGAAGGAUGUGAUCUCGCGAUUGCAGAUAUUGACUUUAAAGCAGCAUGUCAAACAGCUGCAGAAAUUCAGGAAAAAUAUAAAACUGUUUGUAAACCUUAUCAUUGUGAUGUGACAGACAAAAAUGCAAUUUAUAAGCUCAAAAAUGACAUUGAAAGUGAAAUGCGAGGUGUUGACAUUCUUGUGAAUAAUGCUGGACUUUUGUAUAUGUCAAAUUUCCUUACCUGCAACGUUGAUGACAUUGAAAGGACUGUUAGUGUUAAUUUGACAUCUCAAAUGCUAAUGUCCAGAAUUUUCCUCACUGGAAUGAUUGACAGAAAAUAUGGAAAAAUAAUGACAAUUUGCUCGAUUGCUAGUGUCGUUGGUGGUCCAACACUUGCAGUUUAUUCAGCAACAAAACGAGGACUUGAUGGAUUUAUGAGAUCAUUUGCUGAUGAGCUUCUAGUUACUGGAAAUGAUAAAUUUAUUAAAUUGACAUCGGUUUAUCCAGAUUUUAUGAAUACGAGACAAGAAAUCACAGAAACUUUGGAUAGUAUUCGUCAUUUCUUGCCUAGAUUGACCCCAGAAAAAGUUGCUGAUGAUGCUGUGAAAGGAAUGAUGAGAAAGAAGAAAUUUGUCUAUUGCAGUAAGAUUACUUCUUUUUAUUUUGCAUCCAGGUACAUGACAAAAAGCUCUAAAAAAUACAUUGCAACAAGAGUUAUGAAUAUUUCACACUUUUAUAAAUAA